UUCUGCGACAGUUGAGACCAGUUCAAAUGACGCUGGUCUUUGUUAAUGUAUUGUGAGGUUACUAUAUUACGUGCUAGUUAAAUAUAUACAAGUUAUCGGCUUUUGUUUAAUGUUUAAAGAAACUACAGAGAUAAAUAUUGAAAGUUUAUCGUGAAUUACUGAAUUGUUAGCAACUAACUUUCGUAAAAUGGAUAAUGUCUCGGUAUCGAAGGGUAUAUUUGCGUAUAAAGGAAAGUACAGAUUAAAUCAGAAGCCGAAAAAAAUUGAUACAAAUCCACUAAUUAACACACCUUGGUAUCGAGCUUAUAAAGAUGCUUGGUCAAUUAUUGAAAAUUCUGCUAAAAAUAUUGAUGUGAAUAUGUCCAAACAAAUUCUAUCGGACGUUAAAAAAUACGUAGAAAAUGCACGUGAUAGUAAUCAAGAUGAAUUUUCUGGUGAAAUAGCUACAGCAAUUUUAUUAACAGGAGUCAAUUUGCCUGAUCAUGGAGAAUUUUUUCGCAAAUUAUCUGCUGCGUUAUCCUUAAUUACUAAGCAAAUCGCAGUAAUUCCAUCGAGAGAUUCCGGAAACUUGAAGACACUGAUGGAGGAAUCGAUAUAUCAGUUAAUAAAUAGUUCUGAUGAUGUUUGCGAGGUCAAGAAAAGUCAAUGUAAUUUUCGACAAUUAAAAUUAUGGUAUUCGGAGAAUUGUAAACCAAACACUCCAUUAGUUAUAAUAAUCCCAGAUUUUGAGAGUUUCAAUCCAAACGUGCUUCGAGAUUUUAUUUCAGUUUUAAGCUCCUACUCAAGAGUAAUAAAAUUCGUGUUAGUUUUCGGGGUUGCAACGACUCUUCAUGCAGUUCACAGAUCUCUAUCUUAUGACGUAACAUCAAAACUUAGAGUUCAAGUUUUUCACACUCAAAAGCAAGUAAAAAGUUUAUCUGAUGUACUAGAGGGAACAGUGUUGUCUGGAAAAUCACCUUUUAUGUUAACAGGAAAAGCGUUUCAAUUGCUUACAGAUAUUUUUUUAUUUUACGAUUUUUCCGUUAAUGGAUUCAUUCAAGGAUAUAAACUUUGUAUGUUUCAACAUUUCUUUGAAAAUAACUUAACGUCACUUUGUUGUGAUCGUUCAAAAAUAAAGGAACGUUUGAAGGAAUUAUCUGCUGAAGAUUUUAAAGAACUUUCAGAGCUGCCAUCAGUUAUUAAAUACCUUGAAAAAUCUAAACAAAACAUAGACUCGAAUAUAAGUGAAAAGGCAAUGAGUUUUUAUUCAGAUAUUUUACAUCAAUUUCACGAUUAUAUUGGAUCUUUUUUUGUAAUUCUCAAGUGCUUACAUUCUCUGACUACUUCAUUACCCGGUGCUCCUUUGGGGAAACAGCUCCGCGAAGUUUAUGCUAAUGCAGUAAUUUGUGAUUUACCGGAGACACCAGAGUACAAAAAAUCAAUGCAGCUAUUAAAUUUCAUGUCGAAAGAAGAAUUAAUUAUUAAACUGCAAACUAUCAUCAGUAUAAUUCGUCAAUCGGAAAAUGUUUCUUUAAAAGAUUUAUUAGCUAGUUUGGGAGAUCAUUUGAAUAUUAUUGAAAAUGCUAGUACAGGAAAAUUUGAGGCAUCAACGAACAAAGUUUUUACUCCACAUGUUGAACUUGAUAGACUUCAAUUUCAGAAUAAAUUAUUUCAAAAUUCACAACAACAAUCUAGAUCACCAUUUAAACAAGCUCAAUUAGAUUUAAUCAAUUAUCUAAAUGAUAAAGUUUUUCCAGUAUUUUUAAAAAAUCCCAAUCGUCUACCGGCUAGUGAGAUAUUUUGUUUUAGUGAUGCAUAUGCAGGGAAACAACAUUUACGUGGAUCUCACCGAGCCGCUAUUCACACGGGAUUAAAUAAUCCUAAAAUUUAUUUAAAUUGUAAUUGUUGUAACUUGGAGAACGAUCAAACAAUUCAACCUACAUUACCUGACCUGAGUAUAGUCUACAAAUUGCAUUUAGAGUCAAGAAAACUUAUCAACAUGUAUGACUGGCUUCAGGCAUUUUUGAUGGUUGUAGAUCCUAAUAAUGAGUCAGAACAGACGGAAGUUGAUCCUGAAAUACAGGCUCGUUUUACUAGAGCUGUUGCAGAAUUACAACGUUUAGGAUUUAUUAAAUCGUCAAGAAAAAAAACAGAUCAUGUCAAACGACUUACUUAAAAUUUAACGAUUAUUUUUUGUUAUUGCAAUAGCAGCGUAUACUUUUUAUGAGUUCUUCAAGUGAAUUAUGACUGAAUAUAUUUUUUUAUGGAAAUGAGUUUGUUAGAUCGCGAAGUAUUAUUUAUUAAAAAAGCU